CCUAAUUUGUUAUAAUCCCUUAUUAUUAUAAUCACGUGACGGACAUGACGCAGUCACAACAUAUAUUUUAAUAUCAAUACAAAAUCUGAAAUAUUUCAAUAUGCAAAAUAAUUACCAAUAACCUAGUUUCCAAUCAACAUGAUCCAGUCCUUUCAUUACAUAAAUCUCCAGUGUGUUCAGUUGUUGGAAUGGGCGCGAUGCGGAGACAACGUGCUGUCGGUAGUACCUACAAUACUAUGGGCAGCGGGAUCUGCUGCAUUUGCACAUCGCAUCGUCUCUUCACUCUUCAAACGAUUCAUGUUUCGCCGGAUCCCACUCUGGGAAAUCAUUCUACAGCACCUCAUCUUCAUUUGGAUGGUUAUAUACAGUCUUCAUUUUUGGACAUUAGUGGUCAAAGUUAUUAAAAUUGUGGUGGAAUAUUACUACAGUGACGAACAAGUAGAGACUGUGACUCGCGAGGAGCUGGAAGGACGCAAGGUGAUGCAACAAUGGAUUAUAUGGUUGUGCGGGGCGACUCCACUAGCUCUAUACUACCACACGAGGCCUCGACCUUCUUCGCCACCACUGAUGAUAUGGAUAACCACAAGUCCCUGGCAGCGGCGUGAGAUGGGUCCUUAUGGGUAUUAUUUACAUCGGCCACCCUCCUUGGAGACUCCUGCUAAUACGGUUCGGGAACAGGCUAUCGCUCUCCGAAAAGCCUACAGCGACUCUAGAACAAUCAUCAAAGAACCUCCCAGAAAGAGACGAAUCUCAAAAUCUGUGUAGGAUUGUAAAAUAAAUAAUGUCUGAAUUUGUGAAGUUUCAUUGCAUAU